ACACAAGGUGGUGCUUUACCUUUCAUGUGGAAAACUGCCUUACAAAAACGGACGUUGUUUUUUUCAUCACCCCAUUGCUUUUCUAGCCUCAUGAAGACUUCGGUGGAUACUCCAGGAGUUAAACUCUGUUCUCCAUGGAAUGGGUUUAGGUCAUCAUCUUAUUUUUCUUCAAGAAGAGGGAGGGUGUCUGAGCGUGGCUCAGGUUCGGCCUUUUCAGUAAUAUUUCAUAGACUGGGAGAUCCACAGAGGUCUGUUUUGUUGCGCAAUGUAGCUUUUUCGGUGCAGAAGCUUGUCUCCUUCACAGCAGCAGCACAUAGUGUCAUGCUGACAUCUGUAACACCGGGCAAACACCAAGGUGGCAAGUAAGUGCAAAACGUGGACAAGCUGGGAAGAAACUUUUCUUUUUUCCAUCUCUUUCCAUUUCCUCUUGUGUUGGUUUUUUUUUGCUGCUGUUGGAGCAAGAAUGGGUCAGCUGUGUGGACGGUGCAUGCAGCUGCUGCGUGACUUUGUGGCCUUAGUUCAGAAGAUGUCCUCAGAGCUGGUGCACAGCAUAAAGGAAUGCUUAGCUCUGAUAAGCGAGUGCUCCUGCUUGAAACAGAAUGGCUCAAAAACCAGGCAGCUGUACAAGCCCGUCCUGCAGCCUCAUGAGCGGGUGACAGCACAGGAAUUUCUGCAGCAAAUUGAAAGAGGUUUUGAAAUGUCACCACUGGGAAAGGACCCUCUGGAAGCCUUGAGGAUCUUAGCUUUUUCAGAAAACCCAGGUCUACAGCAGUCUGCUGCUCUCUAUUAUUUGCAUAUGAGCCAGCACAUGAAUGUUCCCCUGCCAGCAGAGCAUCUGGAGCCCUUCUAUGCCUUACUACGGUCUGCUGACCUGGAGGUGCAACAGGUGUCUUCCUUGUCCCUUGUCAACUUUUUGCUGGAAGGAAAUAUUGACAAAGAAAUGGUUGUCCAAAUGGGUUUGCUUGAGCCAAUUCUGGAUCUACUUGAGUCAGAGGAUCCCACUGUCCAGUGUAAUUCCUGUGCCUGCACAAUGACUUUGGCUGUUUCAGAAUCCAACCGAGAGGCUAUCGGCGCUGCUCGAGGAGUUACACCUUUACUGUCUCUUGCCAAUUCCUAUGAUCCUAGAGUACAACAAAAUGCAGUUGGUGCUAUUCUCAACCUUACUCAAUCAGAGAGGAUCCAACUGGUCUUGUGCAAGGAGGGAGCCCUGCCAGUUCUCACCUUGCUGCUGGAGUCCCCUGACUCAGAAGUGCAGUAUUAUAGCUGUGCUGCCCUAAGCAACAUAGCAGCCAACGCUCAGCACCACGAGGCCAUGCUGAGAAUUGGUGACAGAUUCCUGCUGCGCACACUCAUCUCUCUUCUGUCCUCCUCUGUGGACAAGAAGGUUUCAAGCCAGGCAUGUGUUUGCCUAAGAAAUUUGGCUACCAGGGCAGACACACAGGCCAAGCUGGUUGCCAAGGAUGUCCUGCCCAGGCUGUGCUCUCUCCUUGUGUCCAGCAGUGAGGAUGUGCGUCGUGCAGCCGUCGCUCUGCUCUGGGUGCUGUCCCAGUACCCACACAACCAGGAUCCUCUGGUGUGCACUGAGCUACUGCAGAGCCUGGGGAUGCUCCUAUCAGUGCACACAACAGACCAUGUGAUUGCUGGCCACGCUGCUUGCAUCAUCGAAAACCUGAACCUUUCCAAGAACAGACAGAGAAUCAUUGAGAGCCCAUGUGUUGAAGGUCUCCUCCAGACCAUGCUUUCUAUUGACAUUCAAGAAGACUCUCUUCAUUAUGUGACAUCUUGCCUUGCUGAGCUGGCAAAGCAAGAAGGAGCCACGUUACGCAUGGUCAAAUGGAUAGAUGAACCCUUGACAAAGCGCUUGGUGAGGCUGGCUGGCCAACGGGAACAUACCGAGACAUCCUUUCGAGCUGCCUCCAUCAUCCAGCACAUGAUAGAUCACGAAAAGAUGAUGCUUUUGUUGAAGUGUCACAUCACUGAGAUUCAGGCCUACCUUAGGAGUUUUCUUACCCACCAAGAGGUUCGCUUCCAGCAGCUGGCCAUUUCCACAUUCUGCAGACUGCAGGCAGAUCCAGAAUUCUCAUUAGCAUUCAGGGAAAGCCAAAUGGCCAAACUCCUCGAGCAAGUCCGUCAACAGACAGAAGAAACUCAAGAGCUCCUUAAGGCAGCUAUUUGCCAUGCAGACAGUUAAUAUUUAAACUGGAUAGCUUACAAAAACUUACCAGAUCCAAGAGCCUGAACUUUUAGAGAUGACUGCCUUCAUUGGUUCCUGUAGCUUAACCGCUUCUUUUACUUGCAGUUUCCUGGUAUGAACGUGGUGCACAGCACCUUUAUAAAGCAGAGAUGUUCUGAUAACAGGAACAGGACCAGAUCAAAAAGCAAACACAGUAUAACAGCUGCCAUGAAAGACUUGUGAAAUGUGUAUAUGAAGCCAGAAAUCUAAUGUCAAUGGCAUAUUAUUUCCAUAGGUACUUGCAAAAGGGAAAGUGAACCAAUUUGACAAGAUUACACAUUGAUCUUACACUCUGCUAAUUCAUUUUAAAAGAAGUUAGAGGACCAAAACAUGUAAUAGUAUGGUUAGCUCUAAAUUUAACUGUCUUGAAUUCUUGAUGUGUAUACAGGUGCAGACUGCUCCCGCCUUCCCUCUUCUCCAGGGGCAGUGAAUCUGUCUCAUGGAUCUUCUUGCCAAUCAGAACAGUAUUUUUCAGAAAAAAACAAAAACAAACCCAUACCAAAGUCCAGAGCCUUGAACUUAUGGGGCACUACUUUUUUUUUUUCUUUUUUUUUAAAUGUUUUUAAUGUUUUAACUUCUAGGAGAAAGCUAAUCUAUUAAUAGUUGUCUACUACUACUACUACUACUACUAAUUCAAUAGUAAUCUAAUUCCUCCUUUAAUCAAUACACUUCUUUUUUUUUUAAUUCAAGAAGCUGGUUGGAGCUUCCUGUUGGACUGGAUGGAAUACUGAAGUUUUAGGACAAUUCAAUUGGCCAAUCUCUCUGCUCCCAGAUUGCACAGUUUCUUACAAAAAUAAAUAAAUAAAUAUACAGCUUUAGAGUUGCUAUUGGCUACAGACAUGGAAUACAAAUUGAGUGAGAUGUAGAAAAAGAUCUGCCAGCUAAGGUCUCACUGUAACAUUUUACUUUGGUCCAAAUCUCUAAGGUGAGCUUAGGAACACGGGGAGACAUUUUAUUUGGGUAAAGUUUCAUUUCAGUAACGGCAAGUUCUCUCCAAUUAUAAUGUCUAAAAGCAACGAAACAAACCAACCCACCCAGCCCCAAACAGUUAAAAUCUUCUCUACAGCACAGCAAAAAGACUUGUUAAAGAACAGAUAGCUCUCGGAUAAAACAGUAUGGAAUUUUCAAUAUUCAUGUAUAGCAGACAGGAAAUGUCUUUAGAAACGCCAUGUGGAAGACUCAUGCACCUGAUGAUGUUGGUGCAGUUGGGUUCUUAGAACAGAGGACCGAAAGGAGCUGACUGACACAGCUAGGGAUGAAAGCAGGAGAUCUCCAACGUCAGGCCACCUCCUUGGACGAUCAUUUUCCAAACAGAAAACCAAUGCAACUUUUUAUGACCACUGUGGCGUAAGUGAAGACUUUCGAGUGUCCUCUCUGUUUUUCUUAGCUAUUUAAUUGCAAACGUUACUUCAACGUCUUCGCAAGAAACAUAGUUGUUGUGAAAGGUCACUCACUACUCCAUACCUUCAGAAAAGCUUUAAUUUCUACAACUGCUGAUUCUACCUCACAGAGCCGUUGACUCCAAAAGUACAAAUAACAAAACAGAUGCAAUAGCAGGCAAAAAAGCUGGCAUUCAUUUUAUACUGUACUUAUUACUGAUAAUGAUAUUCAAAUCCUCCAGCAUUUAAAGAAGGGGUUAUACCCAACACUUAAAAUCUUCGUUUUUUUGGUUUUUUUUUUCAUAUUUUUGGGGUCUCACACCUACAUCUAUACCCAUUCUGUAGACUUUAGUUUGCAUGUUGGGUCCUUGAAAGAUAGCAUGUAUUUUCCCCUUUUAUUUGAAGAAGCCUGGAAUGAAUAUAAUUAUACAUUGUUUUGUUUGCAGUCCAGUGCAAAAACCACAUGAGAAACGAAGUAAUCUUCAUCUCUAUGCUUUAAACAGCAAAGUGAGUGUUCUGAUGCCUCACAAAAAUACUUGAGAUCAAUACAGCUUAUGCCUGAGCCUAAAUGAAUCCUCAGACAAAAGAAAAAAUGAAGCUAAAUCUUACUGGCAACUACUUUGUUCUGUUCAUAGCUGUAAGUAACCCUGUACUGAUUUUUCAGUAAAGAGAUCAGAGGAAACUAAAAACUAAAGAGGUUUUAGGCAUAGCAGGAACACGAAGAAGAGUUUUCCAUCACAGACUGACUCCUGCUUCAAGUAUGCAAGAAAAUCAAAGCAGAAAUAGAAAUAUUUCAAACAAGUUUUAUUUGGUACUCACAUGCUAUAAAGGUUUAAAGGAAAACUACAUAUUUUGGACACUUUAAAAUAUUGUGGCUAUGUACAUGGAAAAUUAAAGAAAGCAAGUAUGGAACCCAAUUAA